AUGGCUUCAAUGACUGAAUUAUAUCGUAAUUAUUGGAUUCUGGCUGAUGCCAAGGAGGAGGAUCUGCCCAAACACAAACUUUCAUAUAGAACAAUUUUGGAUGGCGCCUGUGGAGGACAAAAGGAAAGGAAGAUAGCAGCCCGAUUGAUCCCCAAAUUCUUUAAGUACUUCCCAGACCUAUCCGCUGAUGCUUUCUAUAUCCACCUUGACUUAUGUGAUGACAGACAUAUUUCAGUUCGCCAUCAGGCUAUACGAGGACUGUUGCACUUUGCGACAAAUGAAAAUCUGCACAAUUUAGCUGAUGUCCUGGUUCAGUUAUUUAAGACAGGUGACGUGGCUGAAUUUGACUUGGCAAGUAAUGCUUUGUUGCACAUUUUAAAAAUAGAUGCCAAAGGCACAUUAAAAGAGAUCAUUCAUCAUAUUUGUAAAGGAAAAAAAAUUGUACGAAAGCGCGCACUCAAAUUUCUUUCCUUCAAGCUGCCGGAGGAAGUGAUGACGAAAGAAGCCGAAGAAUUAAUUCUGUUUAAUUACAAGAAGAUUUUGAACGUCGUCAGUAGUGAAGAAUUGUAUUUGUUUGUAAAGUUCCUUUCGUCUUUACAUAUAAUGCAAAAUGACAAAGGCAGACAGCUGCUGGUGGAUCUCAUGUUCAAAGAAGCUGAUCUGCAUGAAACUAUAAAUCACGACAGUCUUGAUUCUGCAUACCACCUGAUUAAGUGUGCACAACAGGCCGUCCCUUUCUUUUCGGCAAACGUCCACUCCAAUAAAUUUGUGACUCAUUUCUGUGAGAAGAUUAUUCCCAUAUUGGGCUCCUUAUACAAUCUAAAGGAUGGCGAUGAUGUCCAGCUUGAGGUGCUGAAACUGUUGGCAGAAAUGAGCAGGUUCUAUGGAGUAAACGAAAAAGUCGAAUACUGUAUGCUUACAGUUUUUGCUAUAUUACUGAAUUACUUGCCUCCCCCCCCUGAAGAUACAGCCGGCAAUGGAGACAUUCAACUGCAUUUCAGUCGUGUUGAAUGUUUACUCUUUGUACUGCAACAGCUAGGAAAAACGCUUCCAGACUUUCUCAUCACGAGAGUGCAUGGAGAGAAACUUGCAGGUUUUAAAAUAAGGUUACAAUACUUUGCCAAGAACCUUCAAGAAUUCAUUGAGCCAUUGCGUCUGGCUUUGGAAGAAAAUUCAGAGGAAGUUAUAAAACCUGAAGAGUGGGAAAUCAGGAGAGAGGUCUUAAAAAUGAGCAACAUUGAAACAUUGAUAAAGGAUUUGACCAGCUUUCCCCCAUCCUAUAAAAGCCAGGUGACACUUUCUUGGACCCCAGAGAUAGAAUCAGAGAUUGGACACAAACGAAAGCUUGAAAUGUCUGCGUCUGUAUCUCCCCCUAAGAAGCAGAAAACACAUUCCACUACAUGA